AUGAACGGCACACAAUCCCCCGACGCCCAAAAGGCAACAAAUGCCAACACCAACGGUAGCAACAGCAACAAUAGCAGUCUUGCAGCUAAGAAGCGCAAGAAGGACUUGAAGCCGAUAAUUACUAUGGAGGGUACAAACCAGCCAGCUGGUGGCUGUUCUGGAGCUUGGGGGCCCGUGUGCUUUGGCCUUGAUAGGACGAUACGACCCCAUAAGCUUUGGGCAUUCACCAACCUUGGAUCACUCGAUCGAUCACUGGGUCCUCUGUACCUGAUUUUGGUCUGCCCUGGAGGUGGUGCAGUCAGUCACUUGCCCGUGGCACCUCUGAUUGUGCCUGAAGCUUCUGUUGGCUGA